UGACAAACAUGCAAAAAAAUAAGAAACCAGGAAGGGGGCAAACACUUUUUCACACCACUGUAUAUAAGAACAAACAAUGCUUUCUGAGAGUGUAUGCCACAAGAAAGUGUACAGCAGUUAGCUAGCCUAGCUGCCUAGCUAUUUUAUCAGUUGAAAAAGUCAGUUAGAAAGUUUAAAGGAUUGGUAAAAUGAGUAUGUGGAUGUUAUCAAAAGCAGCAGAAAAUUGACAACACUGACAAUAACUGACUUCUGACACUGUGUGUGUGUUUUUGUCACAACAUCAGAGAUUCACACUGACCAUGCUUUACAUAUUUACCACAGAUACUGAGGGUACUUUCAAACUAUCCAGCAGAGUGCAGUGUUUUUUUCCACAUUUGCCACUUGAACAUGAUACAGCCGUAACCAGUACUUGUACAAAGUUGGUUGUUUUCAGUACAAAUAUUUUAAACCAAACAUACCUUUUUAUCAUUUACUUCCUUUGCAAUUACUGAGUAAUGAACAGCUUUGAAUACAUUUCCUACACUUUGACUUAAUUAAUGUAAAUUAUGAUAAAACAAUAUUUUUGGAAAGGCAGAUGAGUUGCUUAUAAUGAUGAUGUGCAGACUGCCAUUAAACUGAGUGAGGAUUUUGUUGUUUCAUAGAGGAUUGGCCUGAUGUAAUUUGGUCAGUCUUACUUUCUUUUUCUAAUGCGCACUGAUUCAUCCUCACUGGGCUGCUAGUAAAGCUAUGGACUUCAUGUUUGAUGUUUCUUUACCUGCUUAACUGGGGAAGAAAAGAUUUCUGGACCAGCUCUGUGUGGACAGGAUUUCAGUUCUGCACUGAGAAGAUGAGGCUGUUUCUCUUAUUCUGCGUCCUCUGCCUGAUGGCUCCUAUUGGCUACAGUCAGCUUCCAGGUCCUCCUGGUCCCAAAGGUGACAGAGGAUUUCCUGGGCCACCUGGGUUACCUGGGCUAGAUGGUGUAACUGGUAGGCCAGGGUUACCUGGUGCACCUGGACCUCCAGGGAGAGCGGGAUUGCCUGGAAAUCCUGGACCACUUGGACCACCUGGACCACCUGGACCUUUUUCAAUGUGUGAACAAGAUGCCACUCGUUCCAGUUGCCCGAACCUCAAAGCCUUCACGGAGGGCCUUGCUAAGUUAGAUCAGGCUAUAAACUAUGACUUUGUCCGGAGGGUUGGUCAGAAAUACUUUGUGUCCUACAAGGAGAGAGACUCUUUCUCCAGGGCCGUCGAGUUCUGCUCCCAACGAGGCUUAGAGCUGGCUUUGCCCCAGAACGAGGAGGAGAACAGCGUACUGACUCAGUUCUUUGGGGAUGCUUACAAAACGGCCUGGAUCAACGUCAACAAUCAAAAAGCAGAGGGGAAUUUUGAGACAGACAUGAACAACCGACCUCUGACAUUUACCAAAUGGGGAGGAGGGCAGCCAGACAAAUCCAUCCAGGAUACAGGCUGCACCAUGCUGUCAGAAAACGGCGUUUGGAGAGUGACACACGAAUGCUUCCUGAAUGCUUUCAUCGUUUGUCAGAUAUAAAAAGGUCUCAUAUCCCUUGCAAGUCCUGCUUUAAGAGAAAAUUUUCAUGUACUCAAACACAUGACUCAUGUCAUAUAUUUGUCUUAACUUUUGAUCUUAAGUAGGUAGGGGAUAGGACUGGGCAAUUGUCUGUGUUUUCAUAUCAUCAUAAUCAUUACCAGAGAGCCGAAAGAUGAUCCAAUCGCCUCUGAGAGGGGCUCUAACUUUCUCUGAGAUCACUCAAUUUAAAUGCCAGUAUAGCCGAUCUCACAGCACAGCUGAUGUCAUUAACCUGUAUUUUUGUUACAUUUGUCAGACAAUGCAGUGAUCAUAAGAUAAUGAUUUUAUAUAUAUACUGUAACAUCGGCAGGGAAAAAAACUUAGCGAUCAUCUCUCUCUUUUUUUUUUGUUGUUGUUAGUUGAUCUGAUCACCAAUUGGCACAAUUGUAUAACUUUGGCAGUAUAACCUGUAGGAAAAACUAUUUAACAUUAUGCUAGUGUCCAGUGAAUUUUAAAAAAGUGAUGUUAAACUUAUCUUCAUUUUGCAGGGGAUUACAUGGAAACUGUUUCAAGGACCCAGUUUAGAAACAUUUCUAUUAGAAGUAUUUGCUUUCAGAUGAAAUAGCUUUACAAAAACUGGUUUCUGUUUUUAUAUCUUAAUCUCUAUUUAAUAAGUAUAAUUGUAUCAGCAUUGCUGUCAAGUCCUCCUCUUGUUCAAUUUCCCAAAGUACACACGGACAACUCAAAUUUUCAACUUAAUCACUUUUAAUUUUCUUUUUGGCUUUGUCAGUUGAUCAGUAAAUUAGGUUGUAAACCUUUAAAGACAGAGAAACAAAAGUUACCAUUUUGACUAAACAUUUUCAAAUGUUUUAGUAAAGUUUUAACAUUUAACAUAAUUUUAACAUUUUUAACUUGUACUAUCCUUUUGUAUCUUAUGCAUUUACAUUUUUUCAAACUCAAAAUAAAAUUUAGCACAAACUCAUUUAAACACAAAAUCAAUGAAGUCAAUGCUGCAGUGUGUUUCUUAGCCAAUCUACACAGCAGUUAAACAUACUUAAACAGCAUUUCAAACAUCAUAAAAUUAAAUAAAACAUUUCACCGACCAUUGGCGUCUUGGGAUUGAACCAUAGAGUGAACUUGGAGUGUCUUCUCUCUGAAGUUUCUUUGUUUAAAUGACUGAUAACCUCCAUGUUUUUACAGGUGCUUUCAAUCAGUGACAAUGACUGAUCUGGUCAUAAGCAGCCAGUUUGCUGCUGCUGGUGCACUCUGGGAAGUGUAGUUCUUUUAGACCUACUCCUGAGAUUUAGCUCAACAAUUGCAGCAAGGCAUUAUUAAUGUUGCAAAGACAUUAUUACCUAUAUGAAAAUAAUAAAAAUAAUUAUAUGAAAGUGGAGUAUUCUGAAUGCCACAAUAAAGUGAUACAGCAGUAAA